GAUACACUUGCACCCCGACGCAACCCCAAGAUGCGCCGCUGAAUGAUGAACGCACAACGCGACGCUGUAUAUCUCGGACUUCGAUGAAUGUCCCUUCAAACACUGGGCGCCAACCUACCUCACUGAAGCUGGCACGUUGUCGCCAUGCUUUCCGCCUUCACAGCUCGACCCAUUGUUGAGCUCCGGCAACGGGACAAGUCGAAGAUCGAGUCUAUACUGGCCCAUGACGACAGACUUCUGGUAGGAUUGAACUCUGGGACUUUACGGAUAUAUCGGGUCAACGAGCAUCCAGAAGAACAAGGGAGUCAUAAUGGCGCGGCGAAGCCAGAUGGCAAGACUUCAUCUCCCCCCAGUCCCUCUCCGCAGAAACCGACCGAUCUGCUGCGGGAAGUCGAGAAAUUCUCUACCCGGGCAGUGGAACAACUUGCGAUCAUAAAGCCGGCUGAUAUGUUGAUAUCUUUGUCGAAUUCCCACGUCUCGAUACACGACCUGCAAUCGUUCUCCCUGCAGGAGCUGUUAACGAAGACAAAAGGUGCUACAACAUUUGCCGUUACCUCGAAUAUAGAGAAGGAUUCCGCAACUGGGAUACCGGAGACAAUAUCUAGGCUGGCAGUGGCUGUCAAGAGGAGAUUAUUACUGUGGUCAUGGCAUGAGGCCGAGCUGUCGCAUGAUGUCACUGAGAUCACGCUGGCCGAGACCAUGAGGACGGUGACUUGGCUUUCUGCGACCAAAGUAGUAUGCGGGAUGAACUCAGGAUAUGUGAUAGUUGAUGUGGUUACCCGCGAGUUAGAGGACAUUGUUGGGCCAGGCGCUAUUGGAGGAGCCUCUGGAGCGCAAGGUGGGCGAUUUGGCGCAGUUGGCUCAGUGAGUAUGGGAUACAUGGGUCUCGGGGGAUAUAUGCCAAAGCCUCUGGCAACAAAAGUCGCCGAUGGAGAGAUGCUCCUUUCCAAGGAUAUAAACUCGUUGUUUAUCACGUCAGAUGGAAAGCCGAUUGAAAAGAGACAAAUACCGUGGCAGCAAGCACCGGAUGCUAUAGGGUACUCAUACCCAUAUAUUUUAUCACUCCAAGCACCCUCGAAAGGUAUUCUGGAAGUCAGAAAUCCAGAUACGCUGUCUCUUCUCCAAUCCACAUCAUUACCAAACGCAAGUGUACUACAUUUACCGCCAACCACAGCCAGCCUCGCACAGAAGGCGAAGGGGUUCCAUGUUUCCAGUGACCGUUGCAUAUGGCGAAUGGAGGCAACCGCUUAUGAUGCACAGAUCGAUGACCUUGUGAAAAACGGCCUGUAUGACGAAGCAAUCAGCAUACUGGAUAUGUUGGAAGAUGGCUUGUUACAGCACAAGCAAGCUCGCCUCCGAGAGGUCAAGAUCCAAAAGGCACAGGUUCUUUUUGAUCAGCGAAAUUAUGACAAGGCAAUUGAUAUAUUUCUGGAGGCGGAAGCACCCCCUGAAAGGGUCAUCAAAUUAUACCCAAGAGCUAUCGCAGGUGAUUUGUCCACCUUCGAAGACAAACAGCAAGAUGUUGAUACAGAUAACGAAGAACAAAAUGAGAAUGCAAAUGGGGAUACAGCUGCCAACGGAGAAUUUAAGCAAGACCUUGUGGGAUCACCAAAGCCGGCUGCCUUGAAUAAACUAUUGAAGUCGCAUCAACAAGCUACGUCAGAUACAUCAUCUAUCAGAUCAUUUAUGAGGCUCGAUGGAGGUGAUUCUAGCGACACGGCGAAUACCAGACCGAAGCCGAAGGAUGAUGGACCGCUCGAGGGGAAGGACCUGAUCACAGCAACUCUCGCCCUCACUGCGUUCCUCGUCGAUAGUCGGAACAGGAUGAAAAGGUUCCUUGAUGCCGAAACCGGGAAAAUGAUACCACCAAAACAGAACGGACAAAACGGGUCAUCACACGCCGCUUUCGAGUCCCUGCUCAUGGCGCCAGCAUCUGACGAGGACAAAGAUAGAGAACAGAAACUGCGGGAGACCGCAACACUUAUUGAUACAACUCUAUUCAGGUCAAAUAUGCUCGUCAGACCUGCGUUGGCUGGCUCACUCUUCCGAAUUCCUAAUUUCUGUGACCCAGAUGUGGUCAAAGAGAAACUGUUAGAGACCUCGAGGUAUAACGAUCUGGUCGAUUUCUUCUACGGCAAGAAACUGCAUCGUCAGGCACUCGAAUUACUCCAAAAAUUCGGAAUGGCCGAUGAAGAAGAUGAGAAUGCACCUGCACUCCAUGGACCUCAACGAACCGUCGGCUAUCUGCAGAACCUACCACCGGAGAUGAUUGAUCUGAUACUCGAGUUCGCGGAAUGGCCUUUGAGAGUGAACCCUGAUCUUGGCAUGGAGAUAUUCCUGGCAGAUACUGAGAAUGCCGAGACAUUACCAAGAGACAAGGUGCUCAACUUUCUAGAGAAGAUUGACGUUGGUCUCGAGGUCAAAUACCUAGAACACGUGAUCAAUGAACUCAAUGACCUGACACCCGAGUUCCAUAAUCGGCUGGUUGGCGCAUAUCUUAAGGACUUGAAGGACAGAGAAGAUAAAGAAUCUGAGGAAUGGAAGGGAUUGAUGGAGAGACUAGUUGACUUUCUGCGGUCUAGCAAACAAUAUUCUCUUUCGAAGGCUUUUGGAAUGAUACCCAGGGAAGAUCCUAAAUUUUAUGAGGCGCAGGCUGUUGUUUUGAGUAAUAUGGGUCAGCAUAAACAGGCGCUGGAGAUUUACGUUUUCAAGCUCAAAGAUUUUGAAAAGGCGGAAGAAUAUUGCAAUCUCGUCCACCUAACACAAGAUUCCUUGGACCCCUCGUCAGUCCAAGUCCGCCAAGCCUCGACCCCAGAAACAGAUGAUCCCGCCCCAUCGAUUUACCAUACCCUUCUUUCUCUCUAUCUCACACCACCAGCACCUCAUGAACCAAACUGGGGACCAGCUCUUGACAUCCUCUCCAAACACGGCUCCCGUCUUCCGGCAGCGUCGACCCUAAAUCUCGUCCCUGAUACACUGCCAAUCGCUAAACUAGAAUCAUAUUUCCGAGGCCGUAUUCGCGCGGCUACUUCUAUCGUAAACGAAGCCCGCAUCGUGGCCGGACUACGGAAGAGCGAGGUAGUCAGUGCGCAGGCUACAUUGCUGCUUGGUGACGGGACGCAGGGCGGUCAUGGAGGGAGAAAUAGAAGAGUGGUUGUUUCGGAAGAAAGGGUCUGUGGUGUUUGUCACAAACGACUUGGUGGAAGCGUGGUCGCUGUCCAGCCAGAUAAUUCGGUGGUACAUUAUGGGUGUCGGAGCCGUGCGGGGCAAAGGCGUGCCGGUGGGAUGGAGACCUUGAGGACAGGGUCGGGGUCGUGGGGAAGGACGUGAUACGCUGGGCCAUGGUGAUUGAUACAUAGCGAUGGAGUUUGUGACGCUGUAUAUCCGUGU